AUGAAGUGCUUGGCUCUCUUUCUUCUUGUCAUCCAGGCGGAAAAGGUUUCAUCGUGCGUGUUCGACAAGGUGGAGAAGCUGAGUGGUAUCGACGAUCUCAGAGAUUUAGUUAAAGUGGAAAAAAAUGAAUGCUUUGCUGAGUGCUACAAUGACAAGAGCUGCAUUGCGCUUAACUACGACAAUUUGGGAAACGUCAGUCAUGUGAACGUAACGUUGGUGUAA